UAUCAUGAUAACACAUUUUGAGCCUUCCAUCUCCUUUGAGGGCCUUUGCAAUGAGGUUCGAGACAUGUGUUCUUUUGACAAUGAACAGCUUUUCACCAUGAAAUGGAUAGAUGAGGAAGGAGACCCAUGUACAGUAUCAUCUCAGUUGGAGCUAGAGGAAGCAUUUCGACUUUAUGAACUAAACAAGGAUUCUGAACUCUUGAUUCAUGUAUUUCCUUGUGUGCCAGAACGUCCUGGAAUGCCUUGCCCGGGAGAAGAUAAAUCCAUCUACCGCAGAGGUGCACGCCGCUGGAGAAAGCUUUAUUGUGCAAAUGGCCAUACUUUUCAAGCCAAACGCUUUAACCGGCGUGCUCACUGUGCCAUUUGCACAGAUCGAAUAUGGGGACUUGGACGCCAGGGAUACAAGUGCAUCAACUGCAAACUGCUGGUUCAUAAGAAGUGCCACAAGCUGGUCACAAUUGAAUGUGGGCGGCAUUCUCUGCCCCCGGCAAUGAACACCAGGGAAAGUGGCAAAGCUUCAUCCAGUUUAGGUCUUCAAGAUUUUGAUUUGCUCCGGGUAAUCGGGAGAGGAAGUUAUGCCAAAGUACUGUUGGUUCGAUUAAAAAAAACAGAUCGUAUUUAUGCAAUGAAAGUUGUGAAAAAAGAGCUUGUCAAUGAUGACGAGGAUAUUGAUUGGGUGCAGACAGAGAAGCAUGUUUUUGAGCAGGCAUCCAAUCAUCCUUUUCUUGUUGGGCUGCAUUCUUGCUUUCAGACAGAAAGCAGAUUGUUCUUUGUUAUAGAGUAUGUAAAUGGAGGAGAUCUAAUGUUUCAUAUGCAGCGGCAAAGAAAACUUCCUGAAGAACAUGCCAGGUUUUACUCUGCAGAAAUUAGUCUAGCAUUAAAUUAUCUUCAUGAACGAGGGAUAAUUUAUAGAGAUUUGAAAUUGGACAAUGUAUUACUGGAUUCGGAAGGGCACAUUAAGCUCACUGACUAUGGCAUGUGUAAGGAAGGAUUGCGACCUGGAGAUACAACCAGUACUUUCUGUGGUACUCCUAAUUACAUUGCUCCUGAAAUUUUAAGAGGAGAAGAUUAUGGUUUCAGUGUUGACUGGUGGGCUCUUGGAGUUCUGAUGUUUGAGAUGAUGGCUGGAAGGUCUCCAUUUGAUAUUGUUGGGAGCUCUGAUAACCCUGAUCAAAAUACAGAAGAUUAUCUUUUCCAAGUUAUUUUGGAAAAACAAAUUCGAAUACCACGUUCUCUAUCUGUAAAAGCUGCAAGUGUCCUGAAGAGUUUUCUCAAUAAGGACCCAAAGGAGCGGCUGGGUUGUCAUCCCCAAACGGGAUUUGCUGAUAUUCAGGGACACCCAUUCUUUCGAAAUGUCGACUGGGAUAUGAUGGAGCAAAAACAGGUGGUACCUCCCUUUAAACCAAAUAUUUCUGGAGAAUUUGGUUUGGACAACUUUGAUUCUCAGUUUACUAAUGAACCUGUCCAGCUUACUCCAGAUGAUGAUGACAUUGUGAGGAAGAUUGACCAGUCUGAAUUUGAAGGUUUUGAAUAUAUCAAUCCUCUUUUGAUGUCUGCAGAAGAAUGUGUGUGAUCCUCAUUUUUCAGCUCUCUGCAUUCUGCUUAUGUUGCCAUUGAAUGCAUGGAUGAACUCCUUGUCAGCCUCCAUAGAGUUAGCCCAUUUGUAUUUGCCACCUGCAACAAAACCACCCAACAUACUCUAUUAUAGACUACUAUUGUAAUGGGUACAUUGAAAUGUAACUGUGAAAAAGAAAGCUAGCUUCCAGACAAUCAUAUGUCAAAAUUUAGUUAUUCUGGUUCUGUAGAGGCAUAUUGAUGAGCAAUGAAGUUAUCCUUUUUUGCUUAAAAGAAAUAUCACUGCUUUUUAAAGGAAGUCUGUUUCACAUUAGGACACAUAGUGAGAUUAAUCAUAAGCCAGCCAUAAUUUUGAUCAUUCUGUAUUAAGUCACUUGAGGAUUUAAUUUUGAAAUAAAAGUUUACUUAACAAUACAACUUUUUAUAUUACACUUUAGCUUCAGAGUUCUUUAUGUUUAAAAGUCCUGCUAUAAAUGUUCUCUGCGAUAAAUGAGAACAUUACAUUAUUCAUUUUAAGACCUCAGCUAUUAACUUGAUAAUAAAAGGUACUGCUUGCUUAGAAUUGGGGAAAACAGAUUCUUCUUGAGUUGAAAAAUAGACAUGUUUUAUUAAGAAUCAGAUUCCGAGUUUGCUGGUGGUGGCUUCUGCCUGCAAUGCUAUCUGCUCAGGAGGCUGAGACCUGAAAGAUGAAAGUUCAAAGCCAGUCCAGGCAAAAAUGUCCAUGAGACUCCCAUUUCCACAAUAAUUAGCCACGGUGGCAUGGAGGUGUAGCUCAAGUGGUAGAAGGGAGCUGUGAGCAAGCAAGCCGCAUGAGCUCAAGGCCCUGAUUUCAAACCCUGGUACUGGCAAAACAAUAACAACAAAAAAAAGACAUCAUAUUCCAAACCAUUUGCUAUUUUUGAAAAAACUGGCACAAGUGAUUGUUUGAGAUUAAGCAGGCAGCUUCUGAGCUGUCCUUUCAGUGAAAACUAACUGGAAUAGUAAUGUGUGUUCCAGGAGAGCCAGUGUGAAAUUGGAUGGAAAACUGCUCAGUCUAUAGGAAGGAAAAAGACAGAAAUUUGAAGUGGAUAAGAAAAGUGCAAUGGUAUGGUAGUUAUUUUUUAUUGGAGAGCAAGUCCUGCAGUUGUUUUUUUCUAAUUUGAUUUAAAUAAGGAGGCAGACCUCACUUGUUACCAUACUUGUAAAAGCAUUCCAUUUACUCAGUGGAGGCAGAAUGUAUAAUAUUUUUCCUUAUUUAGUAUACAGGAAAUAAUUUAUCUCCUAACUAGACAAAAUGUCUUAACUCUUGUUUCCUCUCCUAAACCACCUUAUCUGUACCUCUGUUCCCUAUUUAUGGAGUCUUCAAUGAAAUCCUCCCAAAUGUAAUAAACAUGAGUCCAUGUUUAGAACACACAUACAUUCAUGCACAUAUAGUAUAUUCCCAGCUCUUUACUGAGUAUUUAGUAGGUAACAAACUUAUCAGAUAGUAGAAUACAUUUCAGGGGAAGAGUUUACUAGGUUAUUUUUAUUAAUAUUAGUGUUUAGCAGUUUGUUAUUUAAAGAGGUACGAGAUAAUAGCACAUUCUGUUUAUUUUAUAUAUUAUUUUUAUGGAAAAGAUUUAGUCAUCUAAAAUAUAAUUGAGUAAAAUUUAAUUUUAGAGAAGCUAAUUAGUUUUAAACUUUAUAAUGUAUGUAGACAUUUAUUAAAUUCUUUCUUUUUCGGAUGCUGCAUCUCAUUAGAAAUGUAAGUGCUCCAAAGUGUAUGACCAUUACCCUUUUCUACAAAAAAUUAAAUCUGAAAACAGUGAAAACCUCCAGUGAUAAAAGCCAAAUAACUGCACUGAAAUAUACAUCUGACACAAAUAUUUAUAUACAUUCCUGUGUUUAUUUGUAAGGUCUCUUAAUGUUUCUCUUAAUACCUGAAACAACUUGUUUUAAACAAAGAGCAGUGUUCACUUUACAUCAUAAACUUACAGAAAGAUGUUUAUGAGCUUGCUUUUAAGUGGUGCUGUUUCCCCCUGGGGCAUUUUAAAAUGACAAGUGAUUACCAGGAACUCGGUUUAAAAUGCAUAUUCCUGGGUCCACCUCAGAAUUCUGUUGAGCCUUUGGACCUCAUUUUGAGAAACACUUGCUGCAAGUUCCUCUUCUUUUGUCUUGUGGUUAAAUAUUAGAAAGAUUUUUCUUGAGAAAACAUUUUGCAAAGGGGUAAAGCAGUGAAUUAAAAUCCACAUUUUAAAAUAAUCAUCUCAAGUUAGGUACCUUCCCUGGCCUACAAUCAGUUUUCUACCAAUAAUGUGUAAAUGAUAAACAUUUUUCUAUGAUGAAAUUUUAACCAUUAUUAAUGGUGGUCUUUUAUUUUAAAAUCUUUUUUAACUAAUAAGAUUUACCGUGUAUAUUUUAUACAGAAUUACAUUACAAAAUGUUUUAAAUUGUGUUCUAUUUUUUGUAGUUUUUAAGUGCCAUGUCGAUUCUUUUUCAUGUUAUCUAGAAGGUCUCAAAAUACUCACCAGGGGAGUAAGGCAGUGGACUGUCAGAAUGUUUUGGUGUUUUGGUGUUCUGAGAAAUAAUUUAUUUUGCAUAAGCAUGUGGUCAAAUCAUUUUAUGCCCGUGCAGGCUGGAUUGGGUGUUAAGGAUUAUGCUUGUUUAGUACCGGUACAUUUACUUUAUAAGUUUGUCUUGUUUUGAUUUUUGUUAUGUAGACUACUGCCUUGGUCACUAUAAUGUAAUCUGUACUUGUUUACUUUUUUAUGUUAAAAAUCUUCAAAUAAAAUGUUUUAAUACCCAU